AUGUCAUUUGAUCCAGAUCAGCCACGUUACGAUCAAUCGACUUUUUAUGGUCGUCUUCGGCAUUUCGCCGGGAUGACAGACCCAUUGAUUGCAUUCGCACCGACUUCUGAGCUUGUUGCUGCGUCUGAAUUAAUGCAAAAAUGCAGAGAAAAGAAACCGGUUCCAGCGACCCUUGAAGAGCUGCACAGAGCCCAAAGACUAUACCAAUCGGCAUUCCACCCGGACACCGGGGAACUCCAGAACUUUGCUGGAAGAAUGUGUUUUAACGUAUGGGGAGGAACGAUGCUCUGCGGAGCUAUGAUGAUUUGGUACAAAUCUACACCGGCCGUCAUUUUCUGGCAAUGGGCUAAUCAAUCGUUCAAUGCUCUUGUUAAUUAUACUAAUCGAAAUGCGAAGAGCACAUUGACAACAAAGGAUUUGGUUGUAUCGUACUCUACUGCAGUUUCUGGAGCUUUGGCUAUAGCAAUCGGACUGAAGACGUAUUUCGCCAAGAAACAGAGCAGUCCAUUGGCUCAGAAAUUGGUUCCGUUGGGAGCGGUUGCAGUGGCCAAUGCUAUUAAUAUUCCAAUGAUGAGACAAAACGAGCUCAAAGAUGGAAUGACAGUCACCGACGUCGACGGAAACAACGUUGGCGUGUCCCGACUAGCUGCUGCCAAAGCCAUCUCCCUCGUGGUGCUCUCCAGAAACAUCAUCGUGGCUCCAUGCAUGAUUCUCACUCCUGUCAUUAUGGAAGGCCUCAACAAAGUGGCCUCGUUCAAAAAACACAUCAACAAGUUGAACAUUCCGACACAACUCGCGUUGACUUUUGUGAUAUACGGAGCCAUGAUUCCUGUCGGAUGUGCGUUGUUCCCGCAGCAGAAUUCCGUCAAGUUGUCCACACUGAAACGCUGGGAGCCGGAAGCAUACGAGAAAUUGAAGGAUAUUAAAGGAGAUCGCGUAUAUUUCAACAAAGGGCUCUGA